UGAUCCCUUACGUGACGAGAGGGCGACAAGAAGUGGCGCAUUGCCCAGAAUUACAAUCAAAUAAGAACAAUAUUUUAAGCAAAUAUAUGCAAAUUAAUCCAACAGUGAGUGUGAAAAGAGAUCAACAGAUUUAUAGUCAGAGAGAAAAACAAAAAGAGGGAGGUGCGAACAGUCACAUUCCGGAUUAGAGCAUGGGGUGCGCCGUGAAAGAUGCUCCUUGGUUUAAGAGAUGUGUCUUCGCUAGCUAAUAACAUGAGGCGAAUAUCUCCUCAGUGAAGGAAAGCGGACGGUGUAAGAAUAAUUCAUCGAAAGCUGUAACAAUAUGAGUUCCAGUUAUAAGAAAGAGAGGGAGCAGAAGAGGAAGCUCCAGAACUUUCUCUCCGACCUGGCAGUGCUGGGCUCUUUGCAGGGUUUUCGUUACUUUCAGCCCUGGCUAAGAGGGAGAGAGGAGCUGUUGUUGACCAUAGUGAAUGAGGAUCUGGGAUGGUGUUCCCCAGGGUUCCCAGUAUCAGCAGCCUCCUCUCUGAGUAGCAGUAGCAGUAGCAGCAGCAGCAGCAGCAGUGCCAGCACUCCACUCUCUGGAGUCCAGCCUACACAGGGAACACCACAGCAGGGCAGCAGGAACAGUGAGGCCCAUCUUCUGCCAGCCUCGCCCAGUGAGAGGGAGAUCGCUGUGCCUGAAAUAAACUGCACUCUCUUUCUAUUGGCUGGCUACGCCAAGUACGGAAGACCUUAUGCCUGGAUACGGUCCAAUCAUGAGCGCCUGGUUAAUAUUGGAGGAACCGACUCAUUGGUUAGAGACACACCCAUGAAACUCAAGUCCAUCACAGACUGGGGCUCACAAGGCACCAGGGUGUGGGAUGUGGUGAGCGAGCUGGUGUGUCUGUGCACCAUCCCCCCGCCCGUGAACCCCUUCUCCCUGGACAUGCGUUACCUUCAGUCGCUCCCCCUCUCUGAGCGCUUCCUGGUCUCAGGGGCCCUCAUCAGCUUCCUGGAAACGCUGGUUGUCCAGUGCAGCCGGGAGGAACCAUUCUACAGCAAGGUUGUGGAGGACGUGGACUCUCUGAGGCGUCUCCAUGUACAGACCCUUUGGGAGGUGCAGCGUCUUCGGGGGAGCACCCCAACCGCGGGGCAGGCUCCACUGGAUGACCAGUGACAGAGGGGGCGCUUCAGACCCGUCAGAGGGGGUCAGAGGACAACGGAUAACACAGAACCAUGGAGACCGCAAACUCCUUGAUCAAAAGAUACAGUAGAUUUGAGUUUGUG